AAGGACCAAGACCGGCAGGGGUGCCAGGUUUGCUGGUUGUCCGUAGGGCAGUUAGAAAGAUUAGACUCAUCUCUUAACCUAUAUCAGAGCCUCGAACUGUAGUUAUGUGACAUAUUUUAAAAUACAGCUGGGGAGCACUGCACUUUAUCAAUUUUGUUUUGGCCGUUUUAACUUGUGAGACACUGAGAAUACGCGGUGACUUUGGAAUAUAGAAUAACAUUUUGCAUCACAAGAUGAGGCAGCGAAAAACUUUAUUAUUCAUAUUAUGGAAACAAUGCACUGCAAUAAAAAUGUAAAUUGAUUUCGUGUGCUUUUUGUGUGCUUUAUGCUUGAGAGUUGUAGGUAGAAGGUUCAGAUACGAACCCGACGGAGACACAACUGGCAACUCCAUAGACGGCUGGCUACAGCUAGCUGGAACCUUAACAACAGAAUGCUUCAGAUAGCUAACGUCGUUAGCAAACAACAUCCUUCUGCCGUUACAUUGCAGAGAUUGUUACUGGAUGACCGGGUUAGCUAAAUCAGCGGAUACUGAUUUUGAAGUGUACACGGAUCCACGGAACGAUUGCCCUAACCUUGUGUCAUAGUUGUGUUGAUUUUUUUUGGAUUACAACUGGCGUUAAGUGGACAACAUUAGCCUGUUUUUCGCUGUGGCUAAGUUAGCUAACUCUAGCCCAUAAGCUAGCGUGACUAAAGUGUGUUACGUUCGCAGGAGACCACUCUGACUUGGAGGAAGGAAGGAAGGAAACUGAUAAGUAGGAUAACUGCGCACCGCUACAUAUGCAAAGCUAGCGCACUUUUUGGACUCCUGAGUUCACACUGUGACGCAUUUAGGAAAAGGUGACUAUCUAUGCUCCCUGUGCGACAUUUAACACUAUUUAGUUAAUAAGAUAUGCUGUUGGUUGACGUAGCUAGUUGUCAACAACAGUCCUCCCGGCUAGCUGUACAGCGGGAAAGAGCUAGCACGCCAACCACAAACUUCUAAAGAAGUUGUGUAAGUCAGAUUUAGCUGUCUGGCUGAAUUAGGAAACUAGAAAACAGGUUUUUCAAACGUUUCAUUUACGGACUUUUUCACUCCGAGCGACACGCCAAAUUCAUGGCAUCGGAUGUGAUUGAGAGUGAAGCGGUGCUGAAGGGUGUAAAUGAUAUGAAUUUGAACAAUAGCAGCCCAGAUUUUGUCACACCCAGGAGGACUCACGAAGAGCUGCGAAACAGACAGACUUCUAGCCCAUCAUCUUCUGGAGUGUCAGGAGAAGGUGACGAGGAAGAAUUAGAGGAAUUACAAAAUAGCACAGCUUCUACAGUUGAAAAUGGUGAAGAGGCACUUCAAGAGAGUCUUACCAAAACAAGAGGUACGCCACAGGAAAGGACUACCCCAGACAAUGAGCAGAAACAGCCGGGAGCAAGAAGCUCUACCCCAGUCAACCUUCCCCAGCCACGCACACCAUCUGAACCCAUUGGAAGCCUCGAGCGCCAGGAGUCAGUCGCCACAACAGAAGCCCGCCUAAGAAUGGAAGGAGUUGAACUUAAGGAAGAAUGGCAAGAUGAGGACUUUCCACGGCCCCUACCAGAGGAGGAGGAGCUUGAAGAUGAACUUUUUGCUGGGACCUCUGAAGAGAGAGACCCUGGCUAUGUAAUGGACCAUGGCAAGAAGGCAAAGAAAAAGCUCGCAGCUCCGGACAUCAGUCUGACACUUGACCGCAGUGAAGGUUCUCUUCUCUCUGAUGAGCUGGAUGAAAGCACAGAGCUGGACCUCGAUGACAUUGACACACCCUCAGAGAACAGCAAUGAAUUUGAAUGGGAAGACGAUCUCCCUAAGCCAAAAACCACAGAACUACUACAGAAAGGUGUGGAGUCAGUUCAGGAGUACUCAGCCUUGGAGGAGAGGGAGGAGGGUCGACGCUGGAGGGUGUUUCGUAUCGGAGACCAGGAACACAGAGUGGACAUGAAGGCCAUUGAACCUUACAAGAAGGUUAUCAGCCAUGGAGGUUACUAUGGAGACGGUUUGAAUGCCAUAAUUGUGUUUGCUGUGUGCUUUAUGCCUGAAAGCAAUCAACCAAAUUACAGAUACAUCAUGGACAAUUUAUUCAAGUAUGUCAUUGGCACACUGGAGCUUUUGGUUGCUGAGAACUAUAUGAUAGUGUAUUUGAAUGGGGCGACCUCACGGAAAAAGAUGCCAUCUGUUGGCUGGCUCAGAAAGUGUUACCAGCAGAUUGAUAGGAGGUUAAGGAAGAACUUGAAGUCUCUGAUAAUUGUCCAUCCUUCUUGGUUUAUUCGCACCCUGCUGGCAAUCACAAAACCUUUCAUAAGCUCCAAAUUUAGUCAGAAAAUCAAGUAUGUGUACAGCUUGACAGACCUUGCAGAGCUGGUUCCAAUGGAGUAUGUGUCCAUACCAGAUUGUAUCAAACAGUUUGACGACGAAAAAAAUAGGAAAAGCCAUAAAAGCAUCGAUCAGGACAUGCACGGCAAAGUGGAGGUCGCUGCUGUUGCUGUUCCAGAGUGACCCUGCUCACACUUUAAGAUGUGGGGGAGGAGAAAAAUGAAGAAUGUUGAGAACCGCUGCCACUCUUACGUUUAUGUUCUGGGCGACGUGACUGGAGACUUAGCUCUUUGCAUCAGGAAAGUGCCUUUUUGAAACUAUGCUGCCUGUUACAUUGUGGAACUUUUUGCUGUAUUUCUGUGUCAAGCAGCUUGAUUUUCAGCGUUUUUCCACAUGCUGUCUGAAACUUUUUUUAAUCCUUUUUAUUUACUGCCGGUAUAUCAUGUCAAACUUAGUUUAUUGGUAUUCCCUAGUUACUUUUGUAUCUACACUUUAUUUAAGGCACUCUGUUACAAAUGGUUGAUGCAUGCUCUGCUUUAUUACAUUUAAAUAUAUAUUUAUAUUCCAAGGGUGACAAAGGAGAGAAAUUAAUAUAUUUUUAUGGUUGCUCUGAUUUUAAACUGCAUUUUAGGUCUCUGACCCACUGAGUGGCAUUUCAUAGAACAAGUUUUGACAGCACCUUUUUCACUGUUCACUGUUCUUUGUUAAAAUCCUGCCUGGGGAAAAUAAACUUUUAUUUUGUGCCCCUCACUUGAAUGUGCCCUCUGACUUGUGGAGGGAGAACAUUUGUGAGAGCGACAGUCUGAAGCGAAGAUGCAGACCAUUAACAUAACAUUAUUUCCUCCAAGUCAAGUCAAUGGCCCUGUUCUUCAAAUUUGGCUCAACUAAUUCAGGCGAAUUGGCUAAAACUGCCUAAAAUAUUCCUGUUUAUUCUCAUCCAGCUAAUUUGAUUCUUUGAACGCAGUUUGAGAAUUGAUUAGUUAAUCCUGGAUGAAGUUAUCUUUAAUAACACUGCACUCUUAUUUAAAUAAAAGAAGUAAAAGCAAAAUGAAUAGAGUUGAGACCAUGAUCAGCAUUCAUAUGAUUGUCUGAUCAUGUGAUUGCAGUUACAUCAGGUAUAUGUGUUGGGAACCCUCCCAGAAUGCACUGGGGCAAUAAAACAAUCUACAAUUUCA